CUUUCUAAGAAACGUAAACAAAAAGUAAUUGUAUUAUACGGCUGCACAUAGACCUCCUUUACGUUAUUUAGUUUCCUUUAGGAUGGCUGAAGUUGUCCUUAAAAAGGUAUGCAAGUUUUUGCAGAACCAGGAAGACCAAGAAGCAAUGUUUAAAACUUUUUGGGAAGGGACAAAGAGCUUCUAUCCAUCCGGUCAAUCGAAAACAAAACUCAAAGAAUGGCUGAAAGGACAUUCCGAAAGCUUUGAAAUCAUCAAACGUGAGACUGGGGAUCCUUUUGGUAAGAUAAAACUGAAAGGAGAAGCACCAGUUUAUGAUUUGCCUGACACAACAUGGGUAGAAGACUUUGAAAUAACACAGGAAUUGAUUAAGUCAAUUGAUAAUGAAGCGGAACAUGGUCAUUUGUUUUCCAUCAUUUGUAAAAAUAAGGCAUCAAUAUUUCCCGAGAUCUUACAGGAUAAGAAGCAAAUUAGGAAAUGGCUGAUGGAGCAUGAAAGAAGGUUCAAAAUGGUUAAAGAUGCUAAUGGCGGACUUUACUCAGUUGAAGUGGCAGAAGAGGGCAGAAAUUUAAGUAAGUGUGAGGCAUUAAUGUCACCAGCAAUGCGCCCAAACAAGGACAGACAGUGCAAAGGAACCACAAUGAAAGGAACGCCUCAAAAGGAAAGACACCAUGAAACCACUGAUCUUUUGUUGUUGGCUGAGAAAAUUGUACAAAGAAUUUCAGAAAAAAUUAAAAAUGAAGGCAUGACCUUUCCUUUUGAAUCCCUUUUGAAGGAAAAGGCAAUUGUUGACCCAAUAAAUGAUGCAACCGCCUUGAAUGAUUUCCUGGCAGCUUAUCCUAUGAAAUUUGAAAUAAUUGAUGUGGAAGGUUUGGGUCGAUGGGUUCAUCUUAAAGAUACUAACGACGGUGGUACUCAUGUGGGUAAGGGAAUUGGUAAUUCUACUGAUGUAGUCAGUAAAGUUGCCAGUUUUAUAUGUGAAAAUGGUGGAACUAUUUCAUUUGUCAAUCUUUUGAAGAAAGCACCUAGUCUACUGGGUCAAACAGUCAACAAUGAGAGGACAUUGUCUGCAUGGUUAGGUCUUAAUGCUAAGACCUUUGAAGUUCUAUGGAAGCCGGGUGACCAUACCAAACCAUGGCAGGUUAAAGUAAAAUUUUGUUUCUCUCCACGAUUUUGCCUCAACUAUGUUACCAAAGGACAGUGUCAGAAGAAAGAUUGUCAGUUUCUUCAUAUAUGCAAAAGUUAUGUAUGUCAACAACCUCAUGAAUCGUGUAAACUGUCCCAUGAAAUCCGGGAUGAGCACAACAAAAUGAUUAUAGACAAAAUGGGAUUUUUGAGUGAAGAAACUGAUACAGUUGUGCUGAAUGUUCUAUUGAAAAGUUGUUUUCCCCGUGUUUGUACAGAUUACAACAAAAAUGGCAAUUGUCCAAGGGGUGAAGCAUGCCAUUUUUUACAUAUCUGUGGUAAUUAUGUUUUAAAUCAGUGUUCUGCGUGUCCACUAAACCAUAACAUUGUUGAUUGUCAUCAUAAUAUUGAGUUGCUAAAGAAAUAUGCUUUGCAUCCAUCUCAGAAAAUGUCGGAAGAAAUUGUCAAGGCCAACAUUGCAUUUGCUGUAGUAAAGAAACAGCAGCAGCCUAGUCAAUUUGCUGAGUUGGAUGUGAGAAGUUUACACAUUUCCUGUGCUCCUGGUAUGAGGGAUGGAAAAAUCCAGCAGCAUCAAAUGGUUGGGGAAAGAGUGAAAAAAAGACACCAACGUCGCGAGCGAAGAAGAAGAGUGUCUGGCCAAGCCUCAGGUAAUGCAGGUGAUUCCAGUUCAGCAGACGCCGACUCAACUGGAGGUGAAAUUAAUCAUUCUUCAACUGCCAGUUCAUGUCACAAUUCAAAUCAACCAUUGUUAAGCUUCAAAAAUAUCCAGAAAGGCCACCUAGCUGCAUCUCUGACUGGAAAUGAGAAGGUCAAUAAAUGGAUGGGUAGUUCUGCAACAGAGUCUGACCAGGUUUCAAAUGAAGCAGGCAAACAUUUGGGUUCAAGUUCAAGUUCCGAGGCUUCUUAUGCUAGUAACCAAAGUUCUGCAUUCAGUUCCCAAAGCUUAAUUUGGCAAGAUGACUUUCAGAAACAAGUUUUUCUUGUUAUCCUUGAGAAAUAUGAAGGGAGUGUUCCUUUUAAGAUAAUCUCAAAAGACAAAAAUCUGUUUGGUCCGAAUAUUGCUGAUGUAGCAAAAUGGUUUCAGAAGCAUCCUCAGAAAUUUAUUUUGCAUCGAAAUGGGCAGGGCAAGAUUGAUACUGUGAGUGUGUUUUCACGUAAAGCUCGUGUCUGUCUUGAUUAUGGUGGAAAACGAGGAUGUGAUAAGCCUAUGUGUGGUUUUUUCCAUAUCUGUCGAGACCAUGUUGAAGGGCAUUGUCCACAUGGGAAAAGUUGUAGUCGAAAUCAUGAUAUUUCUUCCAAUGAAAUUUCCAAAGCUGCUAAGCACAUGGGUUUUCAAGAUCUUACAAAAAGACAGUUAUUUACCCUCAUCCAAGUUUCAUGCCCAUCAGUUUGCCAUUAUUAUAAUCAAGGCAAUUGCAACCGUGGGCAGUUUUGCCCUAAUUUGCAUGUUUGCAAAGCAUUUGCAAAAGGGCGUCGGUUUUGCAAAGCAAAAUUUUGCAAAUAUGGCCAUGAGAAGGCAUUACAAGAAAGUCAUGCAAAAAACAUACUCAAAAUGUAUCAGCUUUGGGGUAAACAAGCAAACUUCAAAUACAUUCGAAAGAUGAUUUUUGUGUUUGACACAAAAAAACAUGGUAAACAUGGCAGGGUUGACAAGCAUCAUGAUGUUCAGAGUGAGAGAGGAGAGGCCACUGAAACAAGUGUUUGUCUCAUGGAUAUUGAUUUAACCAAGACAAUUGAUAACCCAGUCCAAAAUUUUGAGGAGACCAAAGGACCCGAGGAAGUUGUGCCAAAUAUUUGUGUUGAGUUUCUGACUGGCUACUGUCAUGUUAAGAAAUGUGCUGGCAUUCACUUUGGCUUGCCUUAUUGCUGGCAACUCAAGAUACAAAACAAGUCUAGCUCUUGGUGCAAUUUUGAUGAAACAGAUUGUAUUAAUUUGGAGAAAUAUUUUUGUGAUGUAAACUGCACUGCUGCAGAACUUGAUGUUUCUACAAAGAUAGAAAGAGAUGCGUCAAGUGUCCGUGUCAAUUUCGAGGAAAUGUCUGGUAAAAUUCAAGUUUCACCAAAUGCUAAUUUUAAGAUACGUCGUUUGGAAUGCCCAAAGGAGAGUUCUUUUAGAACAAAGUGGCUGUGGUACAAACUUGAGUCUCCAAAGUGGAUGCAAUGCGAAGACAAUAGGGCAAGUGUGUUUGAAGAAUUAUUCAACGAAGGGAAGUUUGCGAUUAAUUCCUCUUCUCAACGUCGUAGACCUUUACUAAGAAAUCAAGAGGAGAGAAACAUUCCAGAAGAACAGAUCAGAACUCCAGAAUCACCUGUUUCAACUCAAUCUCACCGACUCACUUCAGUGCCAGUAAUUGAGAGCCUCCCUCUCCAGAUUUCCAAUUGUCACCGUACUAGAGUUGAACCUAGUUCACCAGAUUACAGAGAUAUUGAAGAACUUCUGCGUAGCUCUGUGGGUCAAAAUAGUCUGGUUAUUAAUCAGAUAGAGAAGGUAGUCAGCGAUGAUCUUUGGGAGAAAUAUAAGAGUAAAAAGAAAUCAAUGACAGAUGAACUAAAACCAGGGGAAAAUCUAAACUAUCGCAAUGAUCUCUUCGUACCAUGUCGGAAUGAAGAUCUCGAGAGAAUUAUGAAAGGAAAUAUCCGGAAGAGCAGAAUAUCAUUACCCAAUCAACCGUUGGAUCGUUAUUACUUUACUUCAGACGCCUUAUUCUGUAUACAGAAAUGUCGAGAGAAUAAUAUUGACCCUCGAUACCUUAUUGUGUGUCAAGUCUUGCUUGGGGCCUAUACUGAGGGACAAGGUCUUGACCAAUUUCCUCGUCGUCCUGAUGGAAGAUUUUACGAUUCCUUGGUUGAUAGGAUUGACAAUCCCCGUGUAUUUGUUAUCAAAGAUGUUGACCAGUGCUAUCCGGCUUACAUUAUUGAUUUCUCUUACGUCACCAGUCACAUAGAUGGAGGAGAGCCAAUGCUACGAGGUUUUGAAGUUGUCGAGAGCCAUUAUGGAUUGGCAGCUACACCACAACUGAAUUACUCCCAAUCUCCUCCUUCUUAUGACCAAGUUCCCCAUAAUACGCGUCCUACAUAUGCAACUCAAGGCAGUAGCAUAACAAGUGUUGCACCUCAACAGCAACCGUUAUCCCAAGAUGUGCCUACACCUAAUUAUGUUAAAGCUGCCCCAGUCUAUCCCGAACGACCUGCAGCACCGGCAGAACCUCCACCGGAUUACACACCUCCAACUAGACCUGACCUUCCACAUCCAGAUAAUGUGCGACAAUCCCCCAAUAUCUCGCAAAUGCCUGUAUCACGUGCAUUCAGAGAUUUUAGGGAGAAGAAAGAUAAUUGCGCGAUGAUGUAACUUAUGUUUUUAUUUUAUUUGUCAUGGUUAAUACGACUUUAGAAUGAUUGUUGGUGUGAAUAUGUUUGCUAAGUGAGAAAAUUGCUUUCAUUAUAGGUUCCUGUCAGUCCGCAUGUUGCGAACUAACUUGCCUGCAUUGCAUGCUUCUUUAUUUGGUGAUUUAGGGAAACUGAUUAAAUAUUCUCUGUCUUUAAAUUUAUGGAGAAAAUACUAUUAAGUUAAAUGUAUAAGAUUAGCGAAGUCUCAACCAGGAAGAUACCUUGAGAAUUGCAGACCGUACCUGCAAGGCACGUUUUUAUAUAAACCGUGAAGGCUUGAACGACUAUGAUUGACCUCAGCUCAGCAGUCGGCCAGUCACUAUGAUUUAGUGUAGUUACUCAAAUAUAUUUAUUCACUUCAACUUGUUGAGACUCCGCUAGUCGAGACAAUGAUGCAUAUAAUACUAAUACUUUCGUAAACUACGCUAUUUGUCAUGCAGGCUAUCACGAGUAUAGCCACAAUGACCUACUUAUUGUACAAGACUGGUGCAGAUGAUAUUAUGAUAAUGUUUUGGAGCUUUUGUUUGGGUUUUCAUCACGAUAAAGUGACACUCGAUAUAUUUCAAAUUAAUUAUAU